CGAUAUGGCUGAUGCACAGAGUUUGUCCGAAAAAUAUUCUGAGCUCCUCCUCCCGAGUACAGUUAUACAAAUCAUUGCUGCUAUCUUUGGAGUGUUCGGAAAUGUUCUUGUUCUUCUGAUGUAUACAAAAUACAUAGAGGACAAAACGGGCUGCCGAUACUUUAUACCAAUUCUCGCUGUUGUAGAUCUUUUGGGAUCUCUGUCAAACGUUAUUGAGUUUUACUUGGAUAACACUAUGCGCUACAUUUACCCUGGUGCAUUUUUGUGUAAAACUAUGCCAUUUCUAAUCAUUUUUACCGGGGGAUUCUCCGCUUUCCUGAUUCUUGCAAUAGCAUUGCAGAGGUACUUGGUAAUCUGCCGACCUUUUGGUAAACAAAUGACCCCAAAAAUGUGUAGAAUUGCCAUUUUGCUAAUACUUCUAAUUUGCAUUGGCUACGCAUCUCCAAUUCUAAAAUUCAAGGGAAUAUCGCAAAAACUUAAAACGCUUAAUGUAACAGGAAAUGUUUCUUUCUGUCACAUCGACGACGGCACUAACAAUUCCAGUGCUAUAAUAACAUAUCACGGGACUUUACUGUUUCUAUCUCUAACCAACAUAGUCAUCACAUCAAUUCUGUACCUUCCUGUGAUCAGAACCAUUUAUAAAAUACUUUCCCCCACCAGACAAAAGCAACCAAAUAGGGAUCCAAAAGAAAACAUCAAUUUAGCAGUUAUAACUCUUACAAAACCACAACAACAACGUGUCAAUGACGAUACAAUAUACAUCCCAAGUACAGAAAGAAGCCCGGAACAAACCGCUAGAAGGAAUAUCAGUGUCAUGUAUCUUGUCAUUAUUGUUGUCUACGUAGUUUCGUAUGUGACGUCACUAGUUACACACAUCUAUCAAUUCGCAAAAACAGAGGAAAUUAAAGGGUACUUACGAAAUAUUUAUGUUCUCUGUUAUCGUUUUAAUCAUUUGAAUCACAUUGCCAAUCCAUAUAUUUACUGGUUUUAUGAUAUUCAAUUUAGAAAGGAGCUUCGUAAGUUUUGUUGCAGCUGUAUUCGCAGAAGACAAUUAAACUACUAAAAGGAGCAAA